GUGUUUCACCGACUUCGAGACCUUGCCAACCAGCAAGGCAUAGUGCCAUCCGCCGAUGGUGCUACAAACUCAAAGCAGUUUUUGAAGUACUACGUGCUGGGCAAUCAUGUUUGCAGAGAUGCGUUUGCGUCCCUACAUCUCAUGGGGGUCUGUCCACGUCUGGUGAAUUUAGUCAAGGCUGUGAUGGAGGCCAAGGAAGCCGCACCUACGGACUCUAGAUAUCUGAAGCGCAAGGAGGGCACGGCGGUGUCGCACAAACAGGGCGAGGUCUACUCUUACCUGGAGGGGCUGUACCAUGAAGUCGUUGAAGAGUUGCCGGAGAACGAUCAAGCCGAAGACUCGGACGUUGAAGGAGACCGAAAUGAAGACGAUGAUGAAGAUCAGAUGGUUUUUAUUAGAUCGGAUUCUGGAAAAUCUGAAGCAUGUAUGACUGCCGGUCACAGUGGUUCGAGAAAGCGGUAUCUGCCGCCCGGAAGCAUGCACGACCAGUUUCAGCAGUUUUUGGCAACUGGACACGGCACCUGCUCCUGGUAUGUUUUCUGGUCUACCUGGAAAAAGAAUUUUCCGAAUCUCGUCUUCAGGGGCAAGCGGCAGCACGCAAUUUGCUCCACCUGCACUAGACACCGACUGUUGAUCUCCUGUCUAGAUAGUGAAGCCGCGAAAGCACGCCAAAGGCUACUCUACGAGCGGCACUUAUUGGACCAGUAUAAAGACAGAGAAAUCUAUUGGCAAGCACGCUCGCAGUCCCGACGGCGGGAGGCAACAGACCUCAUUUCUGUCAUCUGCGACUCCAUAGAUCAGGCCAAGUUUAUGUGGCCCAGGGCCAAAUUUCUGCUGUCCAAACAAUUCGACAGCUUCCACCGACCGAGGCUUCAUGUAACAGCAUGUCUGGCCCACGGCUACCUGGCAAACCUGUUCAUCAGCCACAGCGAUGUGCGGCAGUGCGGCUCUACUACUGUCGAGAUACUGGCCCACACACUAUCACAAAUCAAGGAGCUGGGUGUCGACAUCGCGAAGAAGAACAUUCAUGUGCAACUAGACAACGCUUCUUCAACCAACAAGAACGGCACAGUGUUUGCUUUCAUGGGAGCUUGCACACAGCUUGGAAUAGUGAAAUCGUUCACGGCUUCGUUUCUUCGCGUGGGACAUACCCAUGAAGAUACCCUGCAACUUUUUGGCCUGACUGUUUCAGAAACUAACAGUACACAUAAAGCUUAA